AUGUAUGUGAGCGGCAGCAAUGUAUGUGAGCGGCAGCAGGUAUGUGAGCGGCAGCAGGUAUGUGAGCGGCAGCAGGUAUGUGAGCGGCAGCAGGUAUGUGAGCGGCAGCAGGUAUGUGAGCGGCAGCAGGUAUGUGAGCGGCAGCAGGUAUGUGAGCGGCAGCAGGUAUGUGAGCGGCAGCAGGUAUGUGAGCGGCAGCAGGUAUGUGAGCGGCAGCAGGUAUGUGAGCGGCAGCAGGUAUGUGAGCGCAGCAGGUAUGUGAGCGGCAGCAGGUAUGUGAGCGGCAGCAUGUAUGUAUGUGAGCGGCAGCAGGUAUGUGAGCGGCAGCAGGUAUGUGAGCGGCAGCAGGUAUGUGAGCGGCAGCAGGUAUGUGAGCGGCAGCAGGUAUGUGAGCGGCAGCAGGUACGUGAGCGGCAGCAGGUAUGUGAGCGGCAGCAGGUAUGUGAGCGGCAGGUAUGUGAGCGGCAGCAGGUAUGUGAGCGGCAGCAGGUAUGUGAGCGGCAGCAGGUAUGUGAGCGGCAGCAGGUAUGUGAGCGGCAGCAGGUAUUGAGCGGCAGCAGGUAUGUGAGCGGCAGCAGGUAUGUGAGCGGCAGCAGGUAUGUGAGCGGCAGCAGGUAUGUGAGCGGCAGCAGGUAUGUGAGCGGCAGCAGGUAUGUGAGCGGCAGCAGGUAUGUGAGCGGCAGCAGGUAUGUGAGCGGCAGCAGGUAUGUGAGCGGCAGCAGGUAUGUGAGCGGCAGCAGGUAUGUGAGCGGCAGCAGGUAUGUGAGCGGCAGCAGGUAUGUGAGCGGCAGCAGGGUAUGUGAGCGGCAGCAGGUAUGUGAGCGGCAGCAGGUAUGUGAGCGGCAGCAGGUAUGUGAGCGGCAGCAGGUAUGUGAGCGGCAGCAGGUAUGUGAGCGGCAGCAGGUAUGUGAGCGGCAGCAGGUAUGUGAGCGGCAGCAGGUAUGUGAGCGGCAGCAGGUAUGUGAGCGGCAGCAGGUAUGUGAGCGGCAGCAGGUAUGUGAGCGGCAGCAGGUAUGUGAGCGGCAGCAGGUACGUGAGCGGCAGCAGGUAUGUGAGCGGCAGCAGGUAUGUGAGCGGCAGCAGGUAUGUGAGCGGCAGCAGGUAUGUGAGCGGCAGCAGGUAUGUGAGCGGCAGCAGGUAUGUGAGCGGCAGCAGGUAUGUGAGCGGCAGCAGGUAUGUGAGCGGCAGCAGGUAUGUGAGCGGCAGCAGGUAUGUGAGCGGCAGCAGGUAUGUGAGCGGCAGCAGGUAUGUGAGCGGCAGCAGGUAUGUGAGCGGCAGCAGGUAUGUGAGCGGCAGCAGGUACGUGAGCGGCAGCAGGUAUGUGAGCGGCAGCAGGUAUGUGAGCGGCAGCAGGUAUGUGAGCGGCAGCAGGUAUGUGAGCGGCAGCAGGUAUGUGAGCGGCAGCAGGUAUGUGAGCGGCAGCAGGUAUGUGAGCGGCAGCAGGUAUGUGAGCGGCAGCAGGUAUGUGAGCGGCAGCAGGUAUGUGAGCGGCAGCAGGUAUGUGAGCGGCAGCAGGUACGUGAGCGGCAGCAGGUAUGUGAGCGGCAGCAGGUAUGUGAGCGGCAGCAGGUAUGUGAGCGGCAGCAGGUAUGUGAGCGGCAGCAGGUAUGUGAGCGGCAGCAGGUAUGUGAGCGGCAGCAGGUAUGUGAGCGGCAGCAGGUAUGUGAGCGGCAGCAGGUAUGUGAGCGGCAGCAGGUAUGUGAGCGGCAGCAGGUAUGUGAGCGGCAGCAGGUAUGUGAGCGGCAGCAGGUAUGUGAGCGGCAGCAGGUAUGUGAGCGGCAGCAGGUAUGUGAGCGGCAGCAGGUAUGUGAGCGGCAGCAGGUAUGUGAGCGGCAGCAGGUAUGUGAGCGGCAGCAGGUACGUGAGCGGCAGCAGGUAUGUGAGCGGCAGCAGGUAUGUGAGCGGCAGCAGGUAUGUGAGCGGCAGCAGGUAUGUGAGCGGCAGCAGGUAUGUGAGCGGCAGCAGGUAUGUGAGCGGCAGCAGGUAUGUGAGCGGCAGCAGGUAUGUGAGCGGCAGCAGGUAUGUGAGCGGCAGCAGGUAUGUGAGCGGCAGCAGGUAUGUGAGCGGCAGCAGGUAUGUGAGCGGCAGCAGGUAUGUGAGCGGCAGCAGGUAUGUGAGCGGCAGCAGGUAUGUGAGCGGCAGCAGGUAUGUGAGCGGCAGCAGGUAUGUGAGCGGCAGCAGGUACGUGAGCGGCAGCAGGUAUGUGAGCGGCAGCAGGUACGUGAGCGGCACACCACACGAACCGUAUGGUCAGCUGCUGCGACUGUGGGUCCUCCACCUGUGCGAGGGGGUGAGGGGCACAGUGCGAGAGAGCAGCACAGCAGGUAA